AUGCGGACGCUCCAUGGUCCUUCAGUUGCUCCGAUCGAGGCUACAAACGGCAGCUUCAGAAGACUUGAAGUUUGUCAGAGCUGUGGGAAGCAAGAUGAGCCUAUGAUACGAGCUAGCUCUGCAGAAGAGCUAACUGAAACUGCAAUCGAAUCUGCUCUCACAUCUCUACACGCCGAGCAACCGAAUACAUCUACUGUUCAUCGUUUGGAUCGGUCCAGAACUUUUGAUAAGGACUGGGAUCUUCAUCCAGAUGCAGUAAUCUGUAAAGCUUGCAUUUUUGAGUCAUUGUACCCCGAAAACUGUGACAACGAUUCUGAAAAGUUUCGAGAAACUGACAUAAGUAACAUGAGAAUGUCAUCAGAAGAAUUUGAGUUUAUAGAUGGAGGUAGUGGAAUCAUAAUCGAGGAGAUUGAAGAUGAUGACGAAGGAACAUCUCAGAAUCCUCAAAACCAUAGCUGGGAAGACAUCCCGGUAAAAGGAUUGAUGGAAAAUAAUGAGAGCUUUGAGACAGUGAUUCUUCAAAAAAUGGAAGUCACAAAUGAUGUAGUUUUAACUGGUACACCUGCCAUUUAUAUAGAAACUUCUGAAGUUGCUAAGGAACCAGAAUCAAUUUGGAGUGUGAGAAGGCCCUUAUCAAUUGACUCGAUAAAUACUCCGAUUGUGCCAAAAAUCUUGACACCCGAAGAUUAUUUGAAAGAAAAACAAGAAGAUCGUAGGCAAUCAUUUGUGACUCCACUCGAAGAACUUUAUAAGAAAUAUAAUCAUCAACCAAUAAGUCAAAAUGGGCUGAUCCGUGUAAUACAGACACCCCCGCCGCCUUGUCGGUUUUCCACUUUCGGUCAUCUUCGGCGUACUUCUUCAUGUGGAACAAUUGAAACUUAUGGAGAUGCUUUGAAACGUAGAUCAUUUUGGUAUAUUGAUGAAAAUUCGGAGACAUCUGAAUCAAGACAAGGAUCUCAAGCUGAAGAUGAGAAUGAUAACUCUAUAGUUAUCGAAGUUGAAGAGUCUAUUUCGGGCGUUGAUUGUACAUUUUGUAGUUCUUUUUGGAAUUUUAUGAAAUGCAAGUGGGUACUCGGAAGUGAGCUCGCCGAAGCCGGAGACACCAUCAAUGAGGUAAAGGCCAGCAGUGCCAGCGGAAGAGGUCGUCUUGCUCGCCGAAUGACCAUCGAAGAGGAGCAUGCUGGUGAUUAUUUCAAGCAAGAGCAGAAGCUCGCUGCUGUUCCAGCCACUACCCAUAUGGAGCAUUUGUGUCGUUUGGACAUUCGUGAGGCUCCACAUCUCGUUCGUCAGACCGGAAUUAUUUGCACAAUUGGACCAGCUUGUGCCAGUGUUGAAAUGCUUCAAAAAUUGAUUCUCAAUGGAAUGAACAUUGCUCGUCUCAACUUUUCCCAUGGAUCUCAUGAGUACCAUGCCGGAACCAUCGCCAACGUUCGUGAAGCUGCCGAUUCAUUCUCUGACAAGCGUGUCAUUGGAAUUGCUUUGGACACGAAGGGACCUGAAAUCCGUACUGGACUUCUUGCCGGCGGUGCUUCUGCUGAAAUUGAGCUUGCACGAGGAGCAUCAAUCCGUUUGACUACUGAUCCACACUUUUCUGAAUCAGGAACUGCUGUCAAUCUUUUUGUUGAUUACAAGAACAUUGCCAAAGUUCUUUCGGUUGGAUCCCGUGUCUACAUUGAUGACGGACUUAUCUCAUUGAUUGUCGAAGAAUUGCAAACUGACGCUGUCAUUUGCUCUGUUGAAAAUGGUGGAAUGUUGGGAAGCAGAAAGGGAGUCAAUCUUCCAGGAACUAUCGUUGAUUUGCCAGCUGUUUCCGAGAAGGACUGUAAGGAUUUGCAGUUUGGUGUGGAACAAGGUGUUGAUAUCAUCUUUGCUUCAUUCAUCCGAAACGCUGAAGGAAUUCGUACGAUUCGUAAAGUUCUCGGAGAGAAAGGAAAGAAGAUUAAGAUUAUUGCAAAGAUUGAGAAUCAAGAAGGAGUUGAUAAUGCUGAUGAAAUUAUCUCUGAAUCUGAUGGAGUUAUGGUUGCUCGUGGAGAUCUCGGUAUCGAAAUUCCAGCCGAGAAGGUGUUCCUUGCACAAAAGAUGCUCAUCUCCAAGUGUAAUCGUGCUGGAAAACCUGUCAUUUGUGCAACUCAGAUGCUUGAAUCGAUGGUUCACAAGCCACGUCCAACCAGAGCUGAAGGAUCAGAUGUUGCCAAUGCUGUGCUUGACGGAGCUGAUUGUGUGAUGCUUUCUGGAGAGACUGCUAAAGGAGAAUAUCCAGUUGAUGCACUCAAGAUCAUGCAUUAUAUAUGCAAAGAAGCCGAAGCAGCAGUUUAUCAUCGUCGUCUCUUCGAUGAACUUCUUCAAAACACACAAAAACCAACUGACAUGUCUCAUACUAUUGCUAUCGCUGCCACAUCUGCAGCUGCAUCGUGCCAUGCUUCAGCAAUUCUUCUCAUUACCACCACUGGACGCUCGGCAAUCCAAUGCUCUCGCUACAAGCCAGCCGUCCCAAUUCUGACAAUCUCGAGAGACGUUGCUGUGUGCCGUCAGCUUCAUCUUUACAGAGGAGUUUUCCCAGUUCAUUAUCCAGCUGAACGUGCUGCCGAUUGGCCAACUGAUGUUGAUAACAGAAUCAACCAUGCUAUCGCCAUCGGAAAGGAUCGUGGAUUCAUUCACAAGGGUGACUUCUUGGUUGUUGUCACUGGAUGGAGACAGGGAGCCGGAGCUACCAACACUCUUCGUAUCAUCACCGCCGAAUAA